GAAACAAUUGUGAAAAAAGUUGUUUCGAUUUUUGUUGAAUUUUUUGUUGAGUGCAAAAGCGAGAGAAAAUGCCGCUCUAUUCGGAUUCGAGCAACUAUUAUUACAGCGGCGGGAGCAGCCAGCUGUAUUCACCAUAUUAUAGCUCCGGCAGCAGCAGCAGCAGCAGCCCCAGCAGCUAUACAUCCAGCUAUAAUCGCGCCUAUCCGGGCAGCUAUAUGGUGCCGCUGCUGCCCUCGCCCCGCUCGCCCAGCUACACCAGCAGCAGCGGCAUCAGCAGCAUCAGCAGCCCCAGCGGCAGCAGCAGCAGCAGCAUCUUGGGCCUAUCCUCACGCUAUCAGCCCAAGCUGACCACCAUUAAGGAGGUCUCGGCACUGACGGGCCGGCACAGCGGGCACAGCAGCCUGAUGCCGCUCACGCGCAUCCAGUCGCCCAAGUACACGUCUGUGUCCAGCUAUGGCAGCAACAGCAGCAGCAGCAGCAGUAGCAGCAGUCGCUAUAUACCCCCGCGACCCAUUGCCAUUAAUACGGCGGAUAUAGAUGUCAGCUCGGCGAGAUAUAGACGAACAGCUGAGUCCGUGGAGCGCAAGCGUGAGUCUGAACUGGCCAAAGAACAGCAGCAGCAGCAACAACAAUCAAAGGAGCAGCAGCAGCAACAGCCAAAGGAGCAGCAGCAGCAGCAGCAACGAGAACAACAGCAGCAACAGGAGCAGCCGCAGCAACAGGUAAUGCAACCAAGACGGUCUACCAUACGCCGGAAUCGCGCUGUGGUGCGUCUGUCAACCAUACGCAGACGCAGCAAGGAGCGCGUCGAGGAGACGCCAGCACAGAUCGAACAAGAGCAGGAGCAUCAAUUUCGGGAUCUGCCGCCGGCAACUGAGCCUAGCCUGAGCUGGCGCCAGAAGUUGGCCGACGAGCUGGCCGCAUUUCCCACAACCAGCAACAAAAAGUCACCCGGCGAGCUGCUGCGCGAACGUUUCUACAUACGCGAUGAGAAGCAAGAGGCAGCAGCGCCGCGGCAACAACAGCAACAGCAGCAGCUGCAGCAGCCGGCACAGGCGCAGAUGCAGUUGCAGUUGCAGUUGCAGUUGCAGUUGCAACAGACGCCUGCCGCAAGCAGCGAUGAGGAGUCGGAAGUGGAGCGCGAGCAGGAGCAGCAGCAGCAGGAGAAGGUGGAGAAGACGGCCCAGAUAACCGAGUCCAUACGCCGCUUGAGUCUGGUACAGUGCCCCACAUUUCAUGACAUCUGCGAGGACAUCUCCUCGGACAAGAUCGACGAUGAUUUGAAUGCCGGCGAGCUGCGACGCCGCGCCUCCAUCAUACAGGAGCAGGAGCAGGAGCUGCUCAACAAGCUGCAAAAGUCGAGCUCCGGCAGCUUUCAGCUGAUACACCUGGAGCGGCGCAGCAGCCAUGACAGCACCACAGCGGACGAGGCGCAAUCCUCGAGUGCCGUCAAGCAGACCAAGAAGAAGAGCAAGAAGCUGCGCCACAAAAUCACCGCCGUUGUCGAUGUGGAAAACGCGGUGGUGGGCCAGCAGCACAUGCCCAGCGUCCAAGAGCUGGAGGAGGCGGGGGCGCCCGCCAGCAGUCCCAAGCCCAAGUUUACGGCCAAUGUGGAGACAAUGGAGGAGCAUCAUCAGAUACACAAGAUCUUCAAGUUGCCCAAGAAAAAGUUGCCGCCGUCCAAGGCGCCAGAGGAGGAACAAGCGCUGCCCGAGGGCUUCAUGAAAGCAGCGCCCAAGGCUAAGACAUCGCCGCUGAAGAAAGCGCCCAAGUCGAAGGAGCAACAGGAGCAGCAACAGGAGCAGCAGCAGCAGCACGUGAGCGCUGCCCAAAUCUUUACCUUCGAUGAGGCGUCCAUUCAGCAGAGUCAGGCGACAGCCACGCCCACAGCUUUGCCCGUCAAGACAGAGAGCAUGGCCACGCCAAUAGCCGUGCCCGUCAAGACAGAGGGCGUUGCCACGCCCAAACCCAUACGCAAGGCUCUGCAAAAGUCGGAGAGCGGCGAGGAUUUCUGGUCACAGAUCGGCUCCCGGGAGACGCUCUACAUGAGCAAUCGCAAGAAGGCGCUGGGCGAGCGUCAGCUGGAGGUAACCCCAGAAGCAGCUGAGCUGUCGCCCAAGGACGCUGCAGCAACAGCAACAACAACAGCAGCAACAUCAGCAACACCUUUGCUUAAGUCAGAAAUUGUUAUUGAACUAACACCAAUUAACACAGAGGCAGCAACACUGCAGAAAACAACAACAGCUAAAGGUGCAACAUCAAGCGCAGCAACAGCAAAGACAACAACAACAACAGCAGCAGUAACAACUACACAAAUAUCAGCAGCAAAAACAACAGCAACAAUAACUAAAACUGAAGCAACAACAACUGCAGCUGGAAUAAAUUCACCCAAAUCCACCCCAGCAACACCCAAGCUAGCAACAACAAGCACAGCAGCAACACCAAAGUCAACAACAGCAGCAGCAACAACAAUAACUAAAACUGAAGCGACAACAACUGCAGCUGCAAUAGGUUCACCCAAAUCCACACCAGCAACACCGAAGCUAGCAACAACAAGCACAGCAGCAACACCAAAGUCAACAACAGCAGCAGCAACAACAAUAACUAAAACUGAAGCGACAACAACUGCAGCUGCAAUAAGUUCACCCAAAUCCACCCCAGCAACACCCAAGCUAGCAACAACAAGCACAGUAGCAACACCAAAGUCAACAACAGCAGCAGCAACAACAAUAACUAAAACUGAAGCGACAACAACUGCAGCUGCAAUAAGUUCACCAUCAGCAGCAACAGUCGCAACUGCAAAAUCAGCAGCGGCAGCAGCAAUCGAAACCAAAACCGAGACAGCAAUAAGUUCACCAAAAUCCACGCCAGCAACAUCAGCUUUAACAGCUGCAACAACUGCAGCAGCAUUAAAAUUAUCCACAGAAAUAACAGCAGAAAAGGUGGCAACAACUGUUGGAAAAGGAAGUACAGUCAAGCCAGCAGCAACAGUUGCUGCAGUAGCAACACAAUCUGGCAACGCCAUAGACGGCGCUGUAGUCAUGGCAACGGCAACGGCAACGGCAUCAACAGCAAUGGCACAAACAAUAACAACAACAACAGCAGCAGGCAAAUCAAAACUGAUCGAAAUGGCGGCAGCAACAACAAUAGCAAAAACAACGGCAGCAACAGCGACAGCAGCGCCAAAAAUAAAUGCCGGGCAAGCAGCCAAGUCACCUGAACAACAACAGGCAACAGCAGCAGCAGCAACAGCAGUGGCUGCGGUAGCGGCAGCAACGAAAAUAAAUAAAACAACGCAUAAUAAUGAGCGACAGCAGCAGCAACCACCAGACAACGCAGCAGCAGCAGCAACAAUAGCAACAGCAACAACAACAAUAGUGAAACAAAAAACGGAAACUAAAUCGAAAUUGACGGAAACCGUUGAGCCAAAGUCAAAGGUGCAAUCACCGAAAACGACAAAGCCAAAAAGUGCUGGCAAAACUGCGACGCCAGCAACAGCAGCCAAAAAGAAAGUCGCAGCGACUCCCACAGCAGCAGCAGCAGCAGCAACAACAACAACAACAACAACAAGAUCGUUGCCAGACAGCAAUGUGACCCCAAUCAAUGCCGAUCAAUUUAUAACGUUGGCCCCCACUAAGGCGGCCAUUGCAGCGGCAGCGGCCAAAACGUUGCCGGCGGCCACAAAUGCGUCAUCACCGGCAACGACUGCAACUGCAACAGUGGCAACAGCAGCAGCAGCAAUUGCAACCACAGCAACGGCGACAACGCCUACAACAGCAGCAGCAGCAGCUUCUGCUGCAGCGGCGGCAGCAAUAACAAUAGCAAAAACUGGCGACGAGCAGAAGACUCAGCCACGAUCUGUUGCUGCUGUCGACGCGGCUGUUGCUGCUACUGCUGCUGCUGCUGCUGUCGACAAUGAGCGCAGCAACAACAGCUGCGGCGAAGGCGUCGGCAAUAAUUUAUCAAAGUUUGCAACAGUAUCGAAUUUGGCACAGUGUCUGCGAGACGUUGACGCCGAGCUAGAGGACUAUAUACCCUCGUCCGCGGAAAAUAGCGACGACGACGACGACGACAGUUCAGGCGAUUACUCCAGCGCGGACGGUUGUGCAAAUUUGAGUGCCAGCAUGAAGAAGAAGCAGCGCAAGGAGAAAAAGAAGCAAAAGGCUAAAGAAGCGACACCCGCACGCUUCGAUCCGCAAAAGAAAAUCAAAAUCGAUACAACAAGCAAAUGCUAUGUGAAAGAGGAGGCGCCACGAUAUCCGCUGGUGGCCACACCGCGUCCGCUCUGGAAGCGCGAAAAGAUUGUCUACUCCGAUGAGAAUACGGAUGAUGAGAGCAGCGAGGAGAGCAGCGAGGCAACCGCCGGCUCACUGGAUGAGGAGAGCGAUGAGGAUGACAGCGAUGCGUGCAGCAGCAGCAACAGCAGCGGCAGCAGCUCCUCCGAAUUCGACGAGGAGACGGCGGCCACAACGACAACCCACGAGAAACGCACAAAUGCCGCCAGCACAAAUACCGCCAACACACUGGCGCCGACGGCCAACAACAGCAACAGCAACAGCUCGGCCAGCACCUCGGCAACGGCAUCGGCAUCGGGCAGCGCAUCCGUUUCCAGCUCGCCAUCGAUAAUACGGAUGAGCACGUGCAGCAACGAUUCCGGCUUCGAGGGCGGCACCGCACCAUCCAGUCCCAAAAAGAUGUUAGGCGCACGUGAGGCACGAGACUCGCCCAGCACACCGCCCAGCUGCAAUCCUGCCUAUAAGAUCGAGGCCAACGAUGAACACGAUGAAACAUCAUAUACAUAUUCACAAUUCCAAAAAUCCGGACGUUUCACCGCGCCAGCCACAGUAAUACCUAGAUUUAAGAAUUAUUCGGUAGAUGAUUUUCAUUUUCUGGCCGUGCUCGGCAAAGGCAGCUUUGGCAAGGUUCUGCUGGCUGAGCUACGUGAUACGACAUAUUAUUAUGCCAUUAAGUGCCUCAAGAAGGAUGUGGUGCUCGAGGACGAUGAUGUGGACUCCACGCUGAUUGAGCGCAAAGUAUUGGCCCUGGGCACCAAGCAUCCAUAUCUAUGCCAUCUAUUUUGCACAUUUCAAACAGAGAGCCACUUGUUCUUUGUGAUGGAAUAUUUAAAUGGAGGAGAUCUAAUGUUUCAUAUACAGGAGAGUGGACGUUUUUCGGAGGAGCGUGCGCGUUUCUAUGGCGCUGAAAUUAUAUCCGGGCUCAAGUUUCUCCACAAAAAGGGCAUUAUAUAUAGGGAUCUCAAAUUGGAUAACGUACUGCUCGACUAUGAGGGUCAUGUGCGUAUUGCCGAUUUUGGCAUGUGCAAAUUGCAAAUAUAUUUGGAUAAGACGGCCGAUAGUUUUUGCGGCACACCCGAUUACAUGGCGCCCGAAAUCAUCAAGGGUGAAAAGUACAAUCAGAAUGUCGAUUGGUGGUCCUUUGGUGUGCUGCUCUACGAAAUGCUUAUCGGUCAAUCUCCAUUCAGCGGCUGCGAUGAGGAUGAGCUCUUCUGGUCGAUAUGCAAUGAGAUUCCAUGGUUUCCCGUCUACAUAUCCGCCGAGGCAACGGGCAUCCUCAAGGGCCUGCUGGAAAAGGAUUAUACGAAACGCAUUGGCUCUCAAUAUAGUCCAGCUGGUGAUAUAGCAGAUCAUUUAUUCUUCAGGCCCAUUGACUGGAAUCAGCUCGAGAAGCGGCAAAUUGAGCCGCCCUUCAAGCCCCAAGUGAAACAUCCACUGGAUACGCAAUAUUUCGAUCGUGUAUUCACCAGAGAACGCGUGCGCUUAACGCCCAUCGAUAAGGAAAUACUCGCAUCCAUGGAUCAGAAACAGUUCCAUGGCUUCACCUAUACAAAUCCGCACAUCACUUUGGACUAGAUACACACGUAUAUCUCGAGCACAUUGAUGUGCUCCUUGGGCAAUGUGCUGGGCAUAUACCAUAUAUCAUAGCAUAUUUCUACAAUAUAUAAUAUAUUUAUAUAUAUAUAUAUAUAUAUAUAUAUAUUAUAUUUAAUCGUAACCCCAAAACCAUAUCCCAAAUUACUUAUUAGAGCAACAGUAUUUGUAUAUGUAUGUAUAUAUAUCUAUUAUAUGAUUAUAUCAUUAUGUUUUUGUUUAAGUGUAUAAAAAGUUUUUUUUUUUAAAUUUAUGCAUUAAUAUCUCUCGAUAUGCAUAUAAAUACUUUAUAAUUGAACUAGGCUUACGUGAAUGUAUCAAUGUGCAUAUUCCUAGUUGAGUAAAGCUGAGCCAAAUGUGAUUUCAGUGGAACGAACAAUAUAUAGACAGGGCAGAAAUCGUAUAUGGAAUUUUUUGAAAUUAAUUUAAAACAAAAACA